CGGUGGUUCCUCCACUCUUCGCGAGGCCAGCGAGGCUGGCAUCAGCGAACAGCCGCUGGCCGAGCAGCAACAGCAGCAACAAUCAACAGAUAAAUCCCAACCAUCUUCUACUACUAGCGAUGAACGUAACCAUGUAAAGCCUCAUCCUAUAUUAACUCAUCAAAAGGCGCCAAAACUGCGCUUUCUCUCUUCCGUAGAGUUUAGGCACUCAUCAGGGGAAACCGUGACGAGUCAGCUCAGCCCAACCAGUCCAAACGAGGACAGUUCAGGCGAAUGCCGGCCAGACAAACCUCGGUUACAACGCUCUAUGGGUCAAAGCAAGAAAACUUUGCGGCUGCGAAAGAGUCGAAGAACUCCCGCAGAAACAGCGCAGUCGAGAUCAGAACCAAGUAAUAUCUCGCCGCAGCCACAGACGAGCCAACAGCCGGCCGUGCUUACACCACCGACUCCCGUACCAUUGGAAUCAUCGGCCUUUAGCAUCGCCUCGGAUUCAUCAUCGAUUCGUUCGCGGAGGAGCUCGUCGAUUCGUCAGUCUGACUGCGAGAAGGGCGGCAGCCUACCGAACGAACAAAUGCACGCGAACGUCCAUCACCACCAUUACCAUCACUACCACCACCAUCACCAUCUUCACCUGCAGACGUCGGACGUCUCUUGGGACGACGAUACGUCCAGCACGUCCGGCUAUCGCGAGUCCUACAGCAUGCAACUGGUGUCUUUGGACGGCGGUAACAAUAACACGCGUCAGAUUCACGCGCCGCCAUUAGCCUCGCCGGAUCUGAACGACAUACCGUCGACCAGUAGCACGACGACUCACGUUUUCGAGGGAAGCUCGCCGGACUGCUCGAUCAAUGGAAGCGGUGCAGAGAAAACGGCGCUAUUGACUGUCAGUCAAAGAUCGAGCUCGCAACAUUCGUUGCUGAUGGUGUUCCCGAAUCAGGACGAAGACACGUUGAUAUAGGUAACUUCUACGCACCGCGACGAGACUGAACGAAGCUUAAAUAAAUAACUUUUAACCGCUGACCGAUACUCCAGUGCAUAUAUUUGUUACGCGUCUCAUUUGAUGUUACAGAGUAUUUAAUAAAAUAUCUUUUGUCGAGAUGUAUUUCAUUUAUGUAUAGGCAGGAGUACAAUGUUUUCGGUUAAACGUAGCGGUUAAAGGCGUUUAUUGGCGUAGCACGAGAAUUUAGAAAAUGUUCCAUAACGUAGAUUGCGAGUUAAUAAAGAAAUGACCUAGUGCGAUGUUCAGAGUAUCGAUUAAUAUACUACGUUGAGACCAGAGAGACCAAUUUAAGAUACGUACGUUGGGAGCCUAGCCUCGUGGUUACAGAAUAUGUACUUUGUAAUACUUGAGCGUAGCGAAGAAAUUACGACCACGUGGAUGAUUAGGCCUAAAUAUUUCUAUGUUACAAUUCUGUGUAAAAAAAAAAGAAGAUUAAAAAGAUUAAAAUACUUUGUGAACGUUAAA